AUGAAGCAAUCCGAUGGCUCGAGCAUGGCCAUGGGAAGCUUCGUGGCAGAUACAGGAGGAGGCGGGCCGGUGGUGCGUCUGGGGGGAGCCAGGGGGUUCGCCUUUGGAGGCUCGUCAGAAUCACACGAGCGCACAGUCAUGAGAGGGCGCAAUGAGAUUGCAGAGAUAGCUGAGCGUCUGGCAGUGCGACCACGAGAGGACAUGAUUGGGUCAGCGCACCGGCUGUACCAGCUGGCUCUGAAUCGUAACUUCACCCGAGGAAGGCGAGUGGCGCAGGUGGCAGCUGCAUGCCUCUACCUCGCCUGCAGGCAGGAGAAGAAGCCCUUCCUUCUUAUCGACUUUGCCGACUUGCUGCAGAUCAAUGUCUAUGUACUGGGGGCAGUGUACCUGCAGCUGCUGCUGGUGCUUCGGCUGGAGAAUCACGAGCCACUACAAGCACCGCUGGACCCUUCCCUCUUCAUCCACCGAUUUGCCGACCGUCUCAACUUUGGGCGCAAGAUGCAUGCAGUGGCCAACACAGCUCUGCGCCUCGUUGCCUCCAUGAAGCGCGACUGGAUCCAGACCGGUCGCAAGCCCAAUGGUGUGUGUGGAGCAGCGCUGCUGAUAGCAGCACACAUUCACGGCUUUGAGCGGUCCAAGUCAGAUGUGGUGGGUGGGUGGGGGUAG